AUACCAUUAUUUCAUAAUUUAUUAUACUUUUAUUAAUUUUGUAAUUAUUGGUGUUCCACAGUGAAGCGGUUAACACACGCUGAAUCUCGAUAUAUAUACGCUUGCCGAUAGAAAACACUUAGCUCAUAUUCUCUCACUUUCUCUCUCAGCUUACGAACAAGAAAAAAAGAAGAAUCUUUAGCCACCUUUGAGAUCAAAAGAUGAACAUCGCUCACACUAUCUUCGGCGUUUUCGGAAAUGCAACUGCUCUGUUUCUUUUCUUGGCUCCUUCGAUAACAUUCAAGAGAAUCAUCAAGAACAAAUCCACUGAACAAUUCUCUGGUAUCCCUUAUCCAAUGACUCUCCUCAACUGUCUCCUCUCUGCUUGGUAUGGACUUCCCUUUGUGUCAAAAGACAACACACUUGUGAGCACAAUCAAUGGCACAGGAGCAGUGAUCGAAACAGUCUACGUGUUAAUCUUUCUUUUCUACGCACCAAAGAAGGAGAAAAUUAAGAUCUUUGGUAUCUUCUCUUGCGUUUUGGCUGUAUUCGCAACAGUAGCUCUCGUCUCUCUCUUUGCUCUUCAAGGAAACGGUAGAAAACUCUUUUGUGGUCUCGCAGCUACUGUUUUCUCCAUCAUCAUGUACGCUUCUCCACUCUCCAUCAUGAGAUUGGUGGUAAAGACGAAGAGUGUAGAGUUUAUGCCAUUCUUUUUGUCACUCUUUGUCUUCCUCUGUGGUACUUCGUGGUUCGUCUAUGGUCUAAUCGGUCGUGACCCUUUUGUUGCAAUCCCAAAUGGGUUUGGAUGUGCAUUAGGGACACUGCAAUUGAUACUAUACUUCAUCUACUGUGGAAACAAAGGAGAGAAAUCUGCAGAUGCUCAGAAAGAUGAGAAGUCAGUGGAGAUGAAAGAUGAUGAGAAGAAGCAGAAUGUGGUUAAUGGAAAGCAAGACCUUCAAGUUUAAAAGAGCUUUUGAGGAUGAUUUGGUUAUGUGAUUUCGUAUUAACUCUGCUUAACUAGAGUUUUCCUUUUCGUUUCGUUGGAAUGUAAAAAAAAUGAUGCUGAAAAAUGUAACGUUUCCUAGUUUCGUACUGAUACACUAGUGAUUGAUGAAGAAUGACGAUGCCUUUUGUGAGUUUUAUGGAUCUAAUGAGCUUUUGAGUUUAAGAGUUAAAACUGAUAAGCCUAAUAGUAAGUGAGAACCUUAACAAAUUUAACCAUUUGAACUGAAAUAUGAACAUGUA